CUUAAGGGGGUUUAAAAGUCGGCGUCGUCGUCGUCUUCUUCUUCUUCGCCAUUCGUAUAUUUCUUUCCCUCUCUUUCUCUCUCCUCCCGUUCUUUCUUCUUCUUCCUCUUAUUCUUCCCAGAUUCGAUGGUCUGUCUUCGCCAUUAAAUUCCCUCAAAUCUUGACGUGAUUUGACGUUCAACACCAACAAUUAUCCACAUUUAUCAGCACCGGAAUCCGCCAUUUCCGACCAUUUCGGACGGUGACAGCGAAGAGGAGGUUAAUAUUGAGUAUAAAUGUGGAGAAACUAUGUCAAGCAAGCGUUUUGGAGAAACCGCCCUUAUCGCCGCCUCCUCAUUUCUCAAUGCCUUCCGGGAAAAUCACAGCCUUCCGAUUUCACUACCGACCAAAAGUUUCGUCCUUUCGAACUGAUUUUCAGCUCGACUCGCGAUUCUAACUGCAAGGCCGGUUUCGGAUGGUUGAGAAUUCCGACGAGGCGGUAUGCGAGUGUGGCGGAGGCGGUUUCCUACGACGACGAUGAGUUUCGAGGAUCGCCGCGAGAGACGAUUGAAGAGGAGGAAGUGAAAAGGCCGAUGGGAAGAGCUUAUGAAUCUCUGAGAAGAAGGCAAGUGAAGCUCGAAACGGAAGCGUGGGAGAAGGCGUCGAACGAGUACAAGCAGAUGGUGGACGAGAUGUGCAAGAAGAAGCUGGCGCCGAAUUUGCCCUACAUGAAAUCCUUGUUCCUUGGUUGGUUUGAGCCUCUGAGAGAGGCCAUAAAAGACGAGCAAAAGCUCUGUGUAGAGAGGAAGUGUAGGAGUGUUUAUGCGCCAUACUUUGUUCAGUUACCGGCGGAUAUGAUGGCGGUGAUCGCGAUGCAUAAGUUGAUGGGUUUUUUGAUGACAAAAGAAGGGAAAGGAGUUACCAGGGUGGUUCAUGCUUCCAUGGCCAUUGGCGAAGCCAUUGAGCAGGAGGUCAAAUUACACAGAUUGUUGCAAAAAACUGGAAGGAAAAAAAUUUAUAGGUGUGAGGUAAUUGAAGGGGAGAUGGAUGAUAAGGAAGAGAAGAAAUUGAAGAAGAACAUUACCAAGUUGAUGAAAGAAAACAAUCUGCGGAAAAUGAGACGGAUAGUGAACAGACAAGGCGAAGACAGCUGGGGAUAUAACAUCAAGGCUAGGGUUGGAGUUCGUCUAAUUGAAUUGUUGCUUCAAACGGCUUUUAUACAAGCUGAACAGGUGGCUGAUGAUCCGCCUGAUUUACGACCAGCAUUUGUACACACUCUUAGGAGAUUAGGUGCAAAAGAUUCUGGCAAAGUAUGUGGUUUCAUUGAGUGUGACCCUUUAGUGCUCAAAGGCAUUGAGAGAACUGUAAAGCACAUGGUGAUUCCCUAUAUGCCUAUGUUGGUAACCCCAGUCAACUGGACAGGCUAUAACAAAGGAGCACACUUCUUCCUACCAUCGUAUGUCAUGCGUACUCACGGAGCAAGAGAACAGUGUGAAGCUGUUAAAAGGGCCCCAAACAAGCAAAUGAAGCCAGUUUUUGAGGCUUUGGAUACUCUUGGGAAUACAAAAUGGAGGAUUAAUAAGAGGAUUCUUAAUGUUGUAGAGAGAUUAUGGAUUAGUGGAGAAUGUAUUGCUGAUUUGGUGGAUCGGAAAGAUGUUCCUUUGCCAGAUAAACCGGAUACUGAAGAUGAAACACUCCUAAGGAAAUGGAAACAGGAAGAAAGGUCUGUCGUAAAAGAAAAUGCAGAGAGAUAUGCACUGCGGUGUGAGACAGAAAUUAAAUUUGAGGUAGCGCGUAAAAUGAAGGAUGAAGAAGGUUUUUACUAUCCUCACAAUCUUGACUUUCGGGGUCGUGCAUACCCUAUGCACCCAUACUUAAAUCAUCUUGGUUCAGAUAUGUGCCGGGGUAUUUUGGAGUUCGCAGAGGGAUGUCCCCUAGGAAAGUCUGGCUUGCGUUGGCUGAAAAUACACUUGGCUAAUCUAUAUGCUGGUGGUGUGGACAAGUUAUCUUAUGAGGGUCGAAUAGCAUUUACUGAGAAUCAUUUGGAGGAGAUAUUUGAUUCUUCAGACAGGCCGCUAGAAGGAAAGCGUUGGUGGUUGAGUGCUGAAGAUCCAUUUCAGUUCUUGGCUGUGUGCAUUGAACUUGUCAGUGCUUUGAGAAGCACUUCUGCCAAAACAUUUAUUUCACACGUCCAUGUACAUCAGGAUGGCUCUUGCAAUGGCUUACAACACUAUGCUGCCCUUGGAAGAGACAAGUUGGGUGCAGCUGCUGUUAACCUGGUUGCAGGAGACAAACCUGCAGAUGUUUACACGGGAAUAGCUGAGAGGGUACUGGAAAUAAUGCGUAGUGAUGCACAGAAGGAUCCUGCAGAUUUUCCGGAUGCAUUAUCUGCGAGAAUAUUAAUUAAUCAGGUGAAUAGGAAGCUGGUGAAGCAGACGGUGAUGACAUCAGUGUAUGGCGUCACUUUCAUUGGUGCUAGGAAUCAAAUUAAGAAGAGGUUGAAGGAAAGAGGUGCCAUCGCAGAUGACGAGGAGCUCUUUCGUUGUUCUUGUUAUGCUGCAAAGGUUACCUUAACAUCUUUAGGGGAGAUGUUUGCAGCUGCACGCAGUAUCAUGGACUGGCUUGGAAAUUGUGCAAAAAUUAUUGCAUCUCAAAAUGAGCCCGUGCAGUGGAUAACUCCGGUAGGACUUCCUGUGGUGCAACCUUACCGUAAAUUAGGAGAUCAUUCUAUCAAAACUUCCCUUCAGACUUUGACAGUAAAGCGAGAAACAGAAAAGGUUGCGGCCCGGAUGCACAAAACAGCUUUCCCACCAAAUUUUGUUCAUUCCCUUGAUAGUUCUCACAUGAUGAUGACAGCAGUUGCCUGCGGAAAGGCAGGCAUAACAUUUGCAGGAGUUCAUGAUUCCUACUGGACACAUGCAUGUGAUGUGGAUGAACUGAACAGGGUACUGCGAGAGAAGUUUGUGGAACUAUAUGAGACUCCAAUACUCGAGAAUUUAUUGGAGAGCUUUGAAAAAUCUUUCCCUGAAUUGAUCUUUCCUCCCUUGCCUGAGCGAGGCGAUUUUGAUCUAAACGAAGUGUUGAAAUCACCUUAUUUCUUCAACUGAUCAAGACAAUGAGUUAUUCCACUUUCAGUCAUCACAUGCUUCUAUUGAUGUUCCAUCUUUGGCGAUCCCGUCUACAAGUGCAUAAGGGAAAAUAAAUGACAGAGAGAGCCCUCACAGAAAUGGCUGUAUCACAUCAGCAACACUGAAGCUGUAAGAACGUUGACUUGAGG